GCCGAGUCUGAUUUUGGAAAUCGCAUGGACACAAGCCUCCCCAGCACAACCCUCACUCCUCCAACUAACAUUCUUUCGAACCCCGCCGAACGUGGCGCUACCCAUUAGCGGGAGUCUUCAACAACAUUUCCUAGGUCUUCACCCGCUGCAAGCCGCUAGGAGUGGUUUUCCAGAGACACGCUGCCAAGCGUACCGCAACGUCAACAUGCCCUUCGCGAACUUGCCCACGGAGCUGCGACAUCUGAUAAUCGAGAAAGUAGUCGCCACCCCAUUCGAGCCCCCGGCGACGCCCACCGACAUACCUGCAGACGACUGGUUCUACCCGCUCGAAGAAAGGAUACGUCGGAAUGCGUACGCUUUCGUGAGGGAGAUCGGGGACUACGAUCCCGCCAUCGCUUUCAACACAUCAUCGCCAUGGAAACAUCAAUACCUCCCGCUCUUGCUCGUGAGCAAAAGCUUCAAGAGAGAUGCAGAGUCUGUGCUCGGAUUGAUUGGCUCACGACUUCCGCCGACUCUGGACGUAAUACUCACAGCGGAUGGCGACUUGAAGGUCACAUGGCUGCUUGUUCCACCGGAGGUUGGGCCUUUGACGCAACGUCUCCAUCUCAUCAUCCGCAAAACGUUGAACCCGGAGGAAUUCAACUCUAGGACAGCAUAUCUGGAAAUACUCUUGGAUAGGCUGCUUCACCGCAUAAUCACUAUGGGCCUCAGCCCCUACAGGAAAGGCUUUCGCACGCUGAGCACCCAAGUGCGGAAUCUCCAGAUCACGGCCGUUGCACCUGGAGAGUGGUUUGCUAUGCGUUUGCUGCAGCAUUGGGCGACAGGCCAGUUCAACGAACUCAGCAGAAGCAUCGAUACCAUCGACAUCUCCCUGGACGAUCGCAAGACCUACCACCUUUCGAAUGCUGCGGUCAAAGGUUGGAAACACGUGGCAUCGACUACGAUGAACGUCAUUUCCUAGACCGCCUUGUCGGAACGGAGUGAAGGACACCACACCAUACAUGGCGGUACGGAUACAACCGUGUCUUAUGCUAGACUGUGGAAAGCUGUCCUUGGAGGUCUUCAAUAAAAAAAGUU